AUGGAAGAACUCCUACCUUCUGUAUCCAUCGAUAGGGCAGAUUAUCGAGCCUGUCGCACAACCUAUGGCUGUCUGUCCAGCACCUACAAGCGUUCCAAUGACUCCAACACUCCAGAGAAGGAAUACAAGGAGUUACAAGCGCUUGAAAAGACUCUGCGUCACCGUCUCUCCAGUCUCGAUGCUGACAGAGGUCUUCCGCGCAAAUUCAAGGGUCUACUCGACGAUCUCAAAUCAGGUGUCGACGGUGCACUCGACCGCGGUGUAUCCACCGACUUUCUAACUCAAGGUCUGAAAGACUCGUUGGAAGAUAAGCCAGACGCUACACCUGCACCGAAGCCCGUGCCACCGAAGAUGGUAUCAGAGAAGCGGUUCAAAACAGUGUUGGACGAACUUCGCAACGAGAAAGAGAAGAACCGGAAGCCCAAUGAAGAAAACAAUCGCAUGGCUUUAGAACUCAAACAGUACCAGAUGCGCGAGAGGUUGGAUCCGAAGCCUAGCAGUGCGCCAGGCGGAGAAUGCACUCUGGAAGCACGCAGACUAUGA